GGGAGGUGAACCUAAGCGACGGCCGGGCCACCCGAAUUCUCCCUAGAGAUUCGACGGGCGGACAUUCCCCGGAUCGCUUCCCUCGUCAAGCUCUUCACGAUCCACACCCUCUCCCUGAGUAGAAGAAGUCAGGGACGGGAGCUGGGUUUCCUUUCCUUCGGGCCCCUGUGGUGGUACAGUCCUUAGGGUCCCCCUCCCGCCUUUUUCGCGUGGAGUGGCCCAAGAUGGCGGCGGUCCUGAGGAGAAUUCGCCUCAGCCUGAGGGUGCUGUCCGCCUCCCGCUCCAUCCACACCACUGCGGCCUGCUCCAAGAACCGGGCAGCCCGUGUCCGCGUGGGGAAAGGAAACAAACCGGUGACCUAUGAGGAGGCGCAUCCCCCCCACUACAUCGCCCACCGCAAGGGUUGGCUGUCUCAUCACACAAGCAACCUGGAUGGCGAGGGCGGGGUGGCGGAGCGGACCGUGGAAGACGUCUUCCUGCGCAAGUUCAUGCUGGGCACCUUCCCGGGUUGUCUGGCCGACCAGCUGGUCCUGAAGCGCCGGGCCAACCAGCUGUUGAUUUGUGCCCUGCUGCUGCAGCGGCUGCCCCCUCACAAGCUCUACUUCCUGGUGGGCUACAGCGAGGCUCUGCUGUCGGCUUUCUACAAGUGUCCCGUCCGCCUGCACCUUCAAACCUUGCCAGCCAAGGUGGUCUACAAGUACAUCUAGCGUGGCGCCCCAGACCGGGGCUCAGGACGCGGCGGGAAGGUGGAGCAGGGCCUCUGAACAGGUUUGGGGGAGCUCUACCCCUCGGGACUGGUGGGCACCGCCUCUGGGGCACUAGCCAAUAAAGAACUCUGGCUAGCGCCUGC